AUGUCAAACAGUACUGUUCUAGCUACCCCGCUGCAGGGCUGGACAAAUUCUCCUGAUUACAGGGGUACAAUGAAUAUAGUAUUAUCAUGUACUUUUACCAUUUUCAUUUGCGUUUGGUCAGUCUUGUGUGUCAAUAUUGGUCCCCAUGGAGAAAGUACAUGGGCUAAAAUCUACCGGAAGCUCAAGUUGGCAGGACUGUGUAUUCUCGGACCCGAUUUCUUACUGCUACUUACGAUCGGUCAAUGGGAAUCAGCACGCAGUUCCUGUCGUAAAUUCAAGGAACGAGGUAUUGACAAUUGGUCAAUGAGACAUUCAUUCUAUGCUGAUAUGGGAGGCUUCGCGAUACAAACAGGGGAAGGAGUCACUUGGCCGUUGGAUGCGAAUGAAAUCCUCUAUUUAAUCGAAAAAGAAUGGAUCAAGGGGCCUGUUAUUUCAACCCAGUUUGUGCUCGAUAAAAACGAAAUUGACGACAGAAAUAAACAGGGGAUAUUGUUGCGGGUCUCUACCAUAGUACAGGUACUGUGGUUCCUAAUGAAUUGUAUCGCUCGAAAAUUACAGCAUCUUACUAUUACAACGUUAGAGCUUACAACAAUUGGGUUCAUAAUCACGACUAUUGGCGUUUUCAUAUUCUGGUUCGACAAGCCUGCCGAUGUCGAAACACGGAGAAUCAUCAAUGUCAGUUUCACAAUAUCAGAAAUACAUGCGAGAGCAGGCCAAGAACAUGUAAAUUGGUACGAUACACCGCUUGAUUUCUUGAAGGCCGAGCGAUCAUAUUAUGAGGUCGCUUGGCGAUAUUGUCUGAACAUACUGUCUGCAAUAUUCAUGAUGAACAAAGAUCAAGCACGACCUAUCAAGUGGCGGCGUGAUGAUAUUUUUCCAGUUACAUCUAUUACAGGUAUAGCAAUACUUGCUUUCUUUGGGAUUCUGUCAUGGGGAACCAAUUUCAUCGCUUGGAAUUCAAUCUUCCCCACUAUACUCGAAAAGCAAGCAUGGAGGGUAUGCUCGUCAAUACUGUCAGCUGUUGUAAUAUUUGGUGAAACAUAUCACCGGUUAUUACUCACAUGCUUCCCAGAUAUGAAAAAGGGAGCAUGCGAUCGAUUUGAUAGCAGCAAAUCAAGCAUUAUACUUUACGAUCCAAAGCUAUCUGCGAAAAAGCCAUUUUUUGAGAGACUUAAAAGACGAAAAGACCGACUUGUUCUCAAACUCUCAAAUAUUUCCCCGAAUCAAGACCCAUCAUUAACAAUGCAGUUAAGGGUGCUCUUACCAGCUCUAUUUUGUGGUGCUGCAUACAUUAUCGCACGGGGAUUUAUCCUGGUGGAAGAUGUAAUUGCUUUCCGUGGUCAAGAUCCCGAUAUCUAUAAGACUUUAAAUUGGGUGGAAUUCUUUCCACAUGUCUAA